GCAUCGCAUCCCUGGGAGCUCCUUAGACAUCAGCGUCUCGGGCCUAACCCAGACCUGCUGCAUCAGGACCCGACUUUCAGCAAGAUUCAGGAAGCAGUGUGCUAGAUCUUGCCUUUCAAUGUUCAAGCAAAAAACUUGAAUGGAAAGGGGGAGGGUAGUCCAUUUGAUGAACUUAGGUAAAUACACACAGAACACGUGAAGGCCUGUCUCAGCACCAGAGGCCAAGCCCCUCUCAGUCAUGGGAGGUCAGAGGUCAGAUAAGAACAAAACUCAACCUAGGACAGAGUCCUGGCUCUCAACUCUGACCACCCUCAGCUUCAGGGUAGGAGACUGGGAUCAGGGGUCUGCCUGCUCAGAUUUGAAUCCUUGCUGCACAGCUUGUGAGCUGUGUGGCCUUAGGCAAAUUACUUAACGUCUCUGAGUCUGUCUCCCCAUCAGAAAAUGGAGAUAGGAAUAGACAUGGUGAGAUGGCAUGUGCAAAGUGUGUGAAUACCGUGAGUCACAGGGCUCUGCUAGCAGCUAGGUCUACAUGGUAAUCAGUGUCACGUCCCUCGGCAAGCUCCGUUUUACUGUUUUCUUCACGUAUUUUACCUCAUGUGGUUAAAUGUCUGUGAAAUCACACCCAGUCUCAGGGGCUCAGAUGAUGCCUCCGAUGACGUGCUGGUCCAGCCAAGAAUACGAGGUGUGUGAGGCCCUAGACCCCAAGUUCCCCGAGGGCGUGACAUCUGUGUGUUGGUCACCUGGGAAUCCAGGGCAUGAGGUUCACAUCAUCCUGACCACCGCGGUGGGCGGCGUGGUUACCGGGGGAUCUGGCAGCACCACCAGCUCUUGCGGCAUCGCCACAACAGACCCCAACCAUUAGAGGGCCUGGUCCUUGUCACAACUGCCACCUGUUAGCUGUGUGACCGCCCACUGUGCUGACAGGCCCGUGAGGACUGGCUGUGGGCAGGUCAUGCCUUAGUGGCCCUGGGUGGGCAGCAUUAUGCCUCUUGUACACGUGAGGUCACAAGGGGUCACGGCAGGACCUGCUGUCUGCGACUGGAACCACGGCCUCCGAUAGUGGCGCUCACUGCCGUUUCUCCUCGCGGGACGUGGGGCACCCGGGAGUCUCCUUGGGGGGCGAGAAGGCAGGAGGGCUGCCGAGGGCCUGGCGCUUCCCUGCUGCCCGUGGGGAGGGUCCGUCUCUGGUGGCCUGGGACAGGGUCUGCUUCUGCUGGAAAGCUGUCUGAGCGAGUGCCCAACGUGGCCGCUGCAGAGGUGAGCAAGGAAAAUGGGCCCAGUGUCCGCCUAGUGCUACUGGAGGCCAGACGGGUGUCCACCUCACCUUCCUGUCUGCUGCCCUGAGUGGGGCUUCUGUGGGGACAGGGCUGUGGUUUUCCCCAGUGGUCGAAGGCAGCCGGCAUGGGGCAGCCCGUUCAGCUCUGGGGGAACAGGGUGAGAAGACCAGAGGGAGACGGGAUGCCCAGAACACUCUGGUCUCAAGUUAGCAAGCAGGGAAGGGCUGGGAGGUGACAGCAUGGAGGAGCCAGAUGUGGGCGGAGGGUGUGCCGGGUGUCACAGGAUUUUCAGUUUCUGAACUAUGGAGCUGACUAAUUUCUGGACUUUAUCCCCAAGAUCUCUGUUCAGAUGUUUUGAGUUUUCAUCCAUUUGCGUGUCUCCAGGAAAACCAACUCGGCAGUUUUGGGGUGCCCACCGUAGUGGGCCUGGCUCAGGAUGUAGCAGGGUGGACGGUGGGGCCCUCUGGAGUGGGAGAGGCUCGUCCACAUUUACUGAUCAUUGCUGGUUAAGCAAGGGUGUGAGCCAGUGGCUCCAGGCACUGAAACAGACAUUGGAUCUUGGGGUGCGAUUAUCUCCGUUCUCUCCAGGUGUCUUCUCAGACAGAUAAAGGGACAUUCACAGCUGCCCAGACCUCUCCCCACCUGGUGGACACUCUGUGGCCAUUCCCAGGGGUGGGAAGAGCUCAGUCUUUGGCGUUUGAGACUCAGAUUCGAACCCGGUUCCUCCGUGUGAGCUGGGAAAGUUAUUCAGUCCCUCUGAGCCUCUGUCUCUGUGUGGCACGUGCUUCCAGUUCUCUAGGGCAUGUGCUUCGGAGUGCAGUUGCCGGGUCAUAUGGUAAAUCUGCCUUUACCAUUUACCGCCAAACAGUUCUCCAAAGUGGCCACACCAUUUUGCAGUCCCUCCAGCAGUGUCUGAGGGCUCCAGUUUCUCCACAUCGUCGCCAACGCUUGUUAUUGUCAGUCUUUUGAAUUAUGGCCAUUCCAGUGGGUGUGAAGUAGUGUCUCAUUGUAGCUUCCAUUUUGUAUUUCCCUGAUGACCGUUGAGGUUGGUUGUCUUUUUAUGUGCUUUAUUAGCCAUACAGUGUCGUCUUUGGUGAAGUGUCUAUUUCAUUCUUUUGCCCAUUUUUAAAUGGGAUUAUUUGUCAUCCUAUUGAGUUGUCAGGGUUGUUAAUAUCAUCUGGACUCAGGUCUGUUGUUGGCAAUAUGAUGUGCAGGCAUCGCCUUCCAGUCUGUGCCUUGUGUUUUCUCUUAUUAAUGAUGUCUUUUGAAGUGCAAAGGUUUUUAAUGUUGAUGGUGCCAAGUGUAUCAAUUUCUUUUAUUGCUUGCACUUUUGGUGUUGUAUCUAAGAAAUCUUUGCCUAACCCAAGGGCAUGAAGAUACACUUAUGUUUCCUUCUAGGCAUCUGUAGUUUUAGACCUUACAUUAAGUUUGAUGAUCCAUUUCGAGUUAAUUUUUGUACGUGGUGUAUAAUUUUGUACAUGGUGAGAUUAGGAUCUAAAUUCGUCUUUUUUGCAUGUGGAAUAUCCAGCUGUCCAGCACCAUUUGUUAGGGGACAAAACAAGCAAACAAACAAUUCUUUCCCCCAUUGAAUUGCGGUGGCAUCUUUGUUGAAAAUCUCAAUCAUUGUGGUUCAUGCCCCCAACUUUCUCUCCCUCUCCUCUUGCUCAUCAUGGUGGUUGGCAGACUGGUAGAAUGUAAUGUUAGCCACUAUUCUAAGUGUAUAACUGCACAAUCAAAUUUACAAAAGCCAGCAGCAGGGUGACCAGCCGAGGUUGGUCAAAGGCGCUGUGGUCUGCCUGAGCAGCAGAGGCCUGUCUGCCACUCACCAGCUGUGUGAUCUGGGUCAAGUUUCUUAAUUGCUCUCUGCCUUAGUUUCCCCCCCUGUGAACCAGGGGUGAUAAUAGCUCCUUACCUCAAAGGUUGCUGUAAAAGAGAUGAGUAAAUACGUGUAAGGGCCUGCGGGGAGCCUGCACGGGUAACAUUAGCUGUUCCAUAGCUGACCCAGUGGUGUUUUCUGAUACUGUGAUUACCUUGGGCUCAAAGUGCUUGGCCUGGCUCCACACAGACUGAACUGGAAGAAGGGAGGUGGCAGUUGAGGGGUGCUCCACACGGACGGCCGCUGCCCACGAAGCAGCUCCUCCAGCCAUGGAUCUGGCUGCUGUUGACAUCAGCUGCAGAUGCCAGCAGACGUGACUCCACACUCUUGGUGUAAACACACCUCCUCCCCGGGAAGGCCUGGCAGAGCACAUGUCCCUUCCUGAUGCCAGAGGGUCCCCUUCUGAUAGUUUACAUGAGGAAGGAGUUGGGAAUCAUGAAAAAAGAAGUACCACCGGCUUAUCCUCCUCUCCGAUUGGUUUGCAUUGGGUUGUAGUAUCAAACAUGCACACACACGCACACUUGCUGCACACACAUACGUGCACACCUCCCCCUGCAACCCUCCCCACACACCCCUGCCUGGCAGGCUUCUCCUCCUCCACCCCUUCCUCCUUUCAUUUAUAAGGCGCUCUCCCUCCAGAGGGCAAAGCAUUUGCACCCGUCCCCCCCACCUGAACCCUAGCAUGUCUCCUAGGGUGGGGCUCUCAACCUCGGCCCUCCUGACAUCGGGGCUGGAUCCCUCUUCGUCAUGGGGCUGUCCUGUGUGCUCCAGGAUGUUGAGCAUCAUCCCUGGCCUCCACUCACUAGAUGCCAGUAGCACCACCUCCCUCCAGUAUGACAAUAAAAAAUGUCUCCAGACAUUGCCAUAUGUCCCCUGGGAAGCAAAACCACACCCUGUUGAAAACAGCUGCCCUACAGGAUCUUGUUAAAGGUGAGCAAGACAGAAAUCCGGGGACACAGUGGGCCUUCACGGGCAAGUGACGGGGGAGAGAGCUGGAGGGACACGUUGUAGAACUUAUCCAUUCAGAGCCCCACGUGCCUUGUCUCCAGGGGCUUGCUCACUCUCCUCGGGACGCUCUGAGCAGCACGUGUCCUGCCCUUGUAGGCUUGACUUGGAACAGCCGUGGCAUCUGUGGCUCCUCAGCCCCUGGUGCCCUUGAACCUCCGCUCUAGGCUCACACCAUCUUCCCUCCGAAGCUGUGUCUACAGAGGUCUCCAACAUGAAAAGAAACACACACAGAGCUGCUUGGCUGAGUCCUAGCCCUGACGAUGAAGCCUUGCUUUUGAGGCAGAAGCACAAAUUGCUACAAGUCAGAGAAAAAGGAGACCUUGCUCUGCAGAGAAGACAAGACCUCAAGUGGUGGAAAAGCCAGCAGCUCCAGCACUUGGCCGAGGAGUUGAGGACAGAGUGGCGGGGGCCCCAGCCAGCAGUCCGAGGUCUGGAGAGGCUGUAUUUCAUGCAUCUCUUAGGUUUGGGAGGAGGACAGGCUAAGGAUCAUGAACCUGACCUGGAGCUGCCAGCCCAGCGAGGAACAGCCCGGCCACAAAGGGCCAGGGAGAAGCACAGAGCAGCCGUCAGAGAAGAGAAGAGUUGCAAAGAAGAGCUGAUGAGACAGCAGCCCUGGCAUACCAGGCCUCAGAGGAGAGCAGCGGGUUUGGAGAAGCAGGGAGCGACCAAGGCUGUGGGCCCGACUCCUCCGCCCCCGAGCCCGCCCGAGAAGCAUAAGGGGAAACGAGCGCCUUCCACAAAGACCAGCGGUGGCCACCGUCCUGUGGACCCUUGAGUGAGCAAGGGCCUGGAUGUGGAAAAGCUCUUGGUUGUGGCAGGAAAGACCAAGGACCUGGAGGAAAGGGAGAAAGAAAUCACCCGGGAGGGGAGGAGGCAGCUGGGAAAGGGGUCGGCUCAUCUUGUUCAAGGCCUGAGAAACACCUCUCUGCAUCAGAGUCCCGAGGGCAGAGCGAGAGACCUGGAACAGCUGUGGCCAGUCAGCUCGACUUGCAGAAGGGGAGCUGCGCUGCAGGCAUCUCAGUGCGAGCGCGGUGACAAGAGCAAGUGGCAGAGAGAGCUCGAGUUUGCCUUCGAAGAGUUGUUUAACACAAACAGGAAGCUGAAAAAACACCUGAGCUUGUACCUUGAAGCUAGGCCCGGGAUGGAUCAGAACCCCAGUGAAGAACAGGGCUUCUCAGAGAGGCAAGAACGGGGAGGUGAGACCCAAUGAGAGAAGAAAACCCUAGAUGCAGAAAUGGAAAUGGUGCCUGCCCGGGAAUCCGCAAGUCCAGCGGAGGUGGACGCCCACCAGACACCGUCCAGAACCCGUUUGGAAAAGUUACUAAGCAAGCUUGAGAACCAAAAAUAUCGUCGGAUGGCCAAGCCCACAUUUCAGAAUGAGAGAAGGUGGUUGUCUCCUGAGGCAGGAACAUUUGUCAAUGAUGAGAACCCGCUCCUGCACAGCACGGAACCUGGACAAGAACUGCCCAGACCCGACACGCUGGACACAUGGCCUCACCCACAAGGACAGGCGGGCAGGAUCGGCUUGGUGGUGUCAAAGCAAAAGCAGAAAAUGGAGAUGGAAGCGAGAAGAGGAAAGCAGCUGGAAUUGAUUGAACAAGCUGAACCCCCGCAGAUGAGCUUGGAAGCCCACUCCCAGACAGAGCGUGAGGAUGAGAGACCGGAGCAGACAAGAGCUCGCCUGGCUCGUCUGCAGUCUUCCUCCCCUCGAGACCGGGAGGAGGGAGGAGGGUGUGGGCCCGAUGCUGCUUCCGCCUCGGCCGCCAGCACCACCGACGAUGACGGGCACAGUCAGAUGAUCUGUGACCUUCAGCAGCAAAUUUUAGAGCAGAACCAGUUGCACAAGCAGUUUCUUGAAGAAGCCAGGAAGCGCUUGCGAGAGUUUCAGAGAAUAUGAUAAAAGGGAAAGUCCCACCCGUGAUAAAUACAUCGCUGAUGACUGGGCGUUAUGCUGAACUGGUCCUUGAGUCUGUGAGAUCUGUCUUUGCGUCGUCUAUUGGGAAACUGAUAGGCCUCUUUAAAAUGGGUCAUCUAUCGUUCUGCCAUGCUUUGGAGCAAGUUCCUCUGCAGGAAUUGUACUAUUCUCUAAUCUUGCCUUUAAAACUAAGUCCUCUUCAGGAAGGCUUCUUAGCACAAAAACAGGAGCCCUUGUGGGAUGCAGUAAGUGGGUCUGGCCAGCAUAGCACAGAGGGGUCUCCCAGAGCCAAGGUGUUUUCAUGUGCACAAGCACAGAUGGAAACUCCAGGUAAAUUAAGCACUUCAGAUGUUUUAGCCAAAUAAACACUAGACUUUCGGGGCAUCCAAGGUCAGACAGGCACGGUGUCAAAAGAGACAUCGCUGUUGCUUAGCCACUGGCUGAGACAUAAAUGGAGAGAUUUAACAAAAACCUCUUCCAGUCUUUCAAACCAACAUCACUAAAUAGGACAUCACUUAGUAACACUCUUGUAGCUUUAAUAUUAGAAAGCAGGAGGGAGAGAGAGA